AAAUUAGUCAAUACCACUCAAGAAGGAAAAAAAAUAUAUUGGAAAGAUCAUUCUCAAAAAUAAUCGUUAUGAUGAUGUACUUAGUUGUUGUGGCAGUAGUUUACCUCAGCAUAAUUGAUAAGCUUGGUGCUCGCUCAAUUGAGUUGCCACAGUACAAAGUGGUCUACUCUGAAUCAGAUUUUGAGGUCAGACUCUACCCAGAAUGUUCAUGGAUGUCAGCUUUAGUCCGAGGAACAACUUCAUUCGAAAACUCCACCAAAGAAGGCUUUCACAGGUUGUAUCAAUACAUUCAUGGAGCCAACCUUAACUCAACCAAAAUUCCAGUGAGUGCUCCUGUGUUAACAAGCAUUAUUACUGAUGUUGAUUCUUCAUCAUCAUCGUCACAUGGGUUGGACUAUUACGUAAGGCUUUAUUUAUCUACUAAAUAUGAUCAUAAAGCAACUCCACAGCCCUUACCAGAGCUGAAUCUGCAGCUUAACAAUUGGAAAAGUCAUUGCAUAGCCAUAAGAAAGUUUGCUGGGUUUGCUAAGGAUGAUAACAUUGAUAAAGAAGUUGAUUCUCUGAAGAACAGUCUUAUUACUGAUACUAGUACUAGUAGUUCCUACACCAUUGCUCAGUACAAUUCUUCGCGCCACCGAACUGGUAGGUUGAAUGAAGUUUGGAUCAAUGUCGUUUCAGGUUUUACUGCCGAGGGAUGCCCUACUUUUCAAGGGGAAUAAAUGUUGUUUUGUUAGCCUAGCUAUGUUAGGUAAAUAAAUGGAGUAAUAAUAGGGUGAAAACUGGGUUGAUAUUUUCACUGUUGGAGUCUAGAAAGAAUUUAUGAUGUUGGUUGUUAACAAGUGCAAGAAGGACAUAUUUUAUAUAUGCAUUUUGGUGUGAAAUUCACACCAAUUCAAUUCUAAUAGCACGGUAAACAUUGCAGCAUUUUGGAAUGGUACAGUGUCUCAACAUAUAACGGUAUAAUGCCUUUUUUCCUUUUUUUAUAUUUUUUAUAUUAAUAUUUUAUAAAUAAGUUAUAUUAUUUUAUUUA